UUACAAAUCACCACCUUUAUAAAUUCAAGACAUAUUUGACCAUUUCCCUUCAACACCCUUCAUUCCUCAACCAAAGCUCUCAUUUUUCUCACUUAUUCAUUUUCCCUAAGCUAAAACUUCUUCUUUGUAUUUUACACAAACCAAAAAAACUAAGAAAAUGACACAAAUGGGUCGUCAUUGGUGGCCAAGAUUAACCACGUCCACCUCUACAACCACCAGAGCCACGGCGGUAGACACCCUUUACGGCGGUCGCACCACCACCACCAGAAGUUUUACUUCAACAUCAUCACAAAUAAGAAAUAAUAAUAAUAAUAAUGCAUCAUCAUCAUCAUCAUCAUCAUCAUCAUGUUGUGGACUAUCAAGAUUGAUGAGGAAGUUGAAGAGACAUAGCAAUAAGAUGUUGAAAACUGCCACAAAUAGUACGUAUCCUAGCCGUCAAUCAUCGUUCCAAUGUCGGUAUGAUCCACUUAGUUACGCCAUGAACUUUGAUACUACUGGAACUGGAAGUGUAUCUGAUGAAGAUUAUUACAAGUUCUGUGCUUUUUCUUCGAGGUUUGUUGCUACGCCAAAAGGUGAUCAUUGUCCAAAUUUAAUGACCGCUACUUCCCAUUAAGCUAGAAAAAUUAAUUAUAACAGAUGUGUAUCAUUUUAUCAUUGUUUCUUUUAUUUACUACUUAGUUGGAUGAAAAUGUUGUAUACUGCUUAUUUGAGGAUAAGAAAUCCCAAGUUUUGGAGGAACUAAAA